AUGGAGUUGAAACGUCAGUUUAGGUUGAUGUUUCUACCAUAUGGCUGCUGGAUCUGCUUUCUCUCUCCGCUAGUUUUUACUGAAGUUCACUGGGACGUUCAAUUCAAGUAUCUAGCUGGUGACGAGUCGAGUGACUUUAUCUGUUUGUAUAUUUACCAAGUCAAUUGUUUGGACAAUCUGGGUCAAAAGGGCAAGUUAACUGCUUCAUCUCCGCGAAUAACUGUGGAGACAGCACUGAACGGUGGCUUCUCACUCAGUCAUUAUUACAGCAACGUAACUAUUCACUGCAAGCUACAACCGACAGUAGACGAGACAACUCAUGCUGUUUGUGUGACCGGCGAGCUCUCCGUCGUCGGUAGCAACUUGACUAGGCAGCAAUCGGUGUUUGUGUCUGAUUGCGGUUCAAGGUUUGCGUAUGAUUGUGUUGCCAGUGCUAGUUGCCAAUCUGAGGCUUCUAGAAGCCAAUGUGUCGAUGCAUGGAGACCAUAUAAAAAUAUCUCGAAAAUUUGGGUCCUAGACGCUGUGCUGGAACGCGGGUACGACUUGAUUGUUACCGUGGAGGGUAGCGCAGGCGCAGAAAUACCACCUAAAAGGCUCUUUCUAAGGAUGCCAUCAUUUCCUUGGUCUUUCCUCGUGAGCGACGACAAUUUUCCAGAUGUUCACGCUACUGAACUAAACCCCGUCAGUAACAGAGACAUUCUGUUACCAGCUACCGGUAGCCCCACAUCACUGUUAGCAGUGAACUUAGAAAGUUCCUUCUUCAUAUCGGGUGACGGCUUCCAGACAGCGCACUUGGUGGAGUACAGCACCACGUCAUGGUAUCGUGAGCAAGCGCUUCGCAGUAACUUCACUGUCGUCCAGGUGAUUGGCUUGUCUCACAGAAUUCUGUUGUCGACCUCGAAUGGUUUAUGGGAAGCAAGGUGGGAUGAAAGUAGUCCUUGGACGUUAUUCGAGUCUCUGAGCGUCGUUCUAAAUCGAUCCGUCACAUUGGAGCUAGUCGAUUCUCCGUACUCGAUUGUAAACGUUAUUGCUUGGGACAGAAAGCACUUGUAUGUUGGUAAUAUCGAUCAAGGUGUGCCCUUGACACUAACAGAAGUGAGUAACAGAAACGAAACAAGUCUAUGUUUCAAGCUUGAAGUAAUGUUAUCCUCCUUUGAUUGCCAAUUGAUUUCAUUCACAAUCAAUCAAUUACAGUCGAGCGAAGGGAUCGCUCUGGUUUGGAUCGGCAAUGACUACAUCGUCGUCCAGAUUGAUCGCGAAAUGUCAGACUUCCAAGUUGUUGCGAGCAUGCCGUCCUGUAUCACCUCGAACGUAACCGGUAAAUCAAAAACGAUAUUUUCUCCUCCGGUUGUAACAAUAGAAAACAAUCUACGGGCUCUAGGCUUGUUGACUCAAUCGAAUGUUCUUGCCGGUCAAACUUGCCGUAGUCUGAAAUUGUAUGGAAUACGGUACGUCACGACGCCGGUGCCGUACCUCUUCGCCUGGGGCAGCGAACUCCUCGUCAGGUGCCCGCAUUAA